AAGUGCAGCUGAGUGUGUGUGUGACAUACAUAAGAUCCUCCUGGUCUUCCCUACACCCCCAUACACUCCUCCUCCCCCCACCCCAUUCUGUGUAAAUGAAAAUGCAAGGCUAUAUUUGGAGGGAGCUGAUGUCACAAGUGGUUUGAGCAGAGAGCCUAUAACUGUUGGAGUCGGUUUGUGUGACAGUCUGACAAACUGUGGACUGCUCCAGUGACGGACUGGGAUCUACUGUUGAAAACAGCACAAAGUAAUCCCCCUGCAAUAUGCAUCACCUGAAGGUGUCUGCGCUGCUCAUCAUGCUGCUUGUUUUGCUGCACUGCAUUUCUGCUGCACCAAGCCACAGGUACUUCAAUCCCAGCUCAUCCAGCGAGCAGGAAAGUGCUGUACUAGAGAGUGAAGGCUGGUUAGUCCCAGGGCUCAUCUCCAACCCCUUCCUCAGCCUUAUGGGAACACGGCCGCAAAGGGAGCUCACAGCAUUAAACAGCCACAACAUACAGAAGAGGAAAUGCAACACAGCCACCUGUGUGACCCAAAGGCUGGCAGAUUUCCUGGUCCGCUCCAGUAACACUAUUGGUACAGUCUACGCACCAACUAAUGUGGGAUCUGCCGCCUACGGCAAGAGGGACCAACUGCAGCCUCCCAACUACCUGCCUCUCUAGUAUCCACUGUGAAAACUCCACCAGCACUCCCGGUGCUCUGAAGAUAUAACCAGACAUCUUGUGUAACAUCAACUGUACAAACAGUGUUUAUAAUUAUGAAACUGACAGUUAUGGCGAUGAUUAUGAACCAAGUAUUCUUCUUUAUUUGAUGAACUUUAUAAACAGUGCCUUUUGUUUAAACCAUUGAAGUCAUUGUAUGUUUUUUCUUGUGUCAUGACUUUGUUAAAGCUGUUCCAUAAUGGCAUGAUGUGAAUAUAAAAAAAAUCAUUAAAGUAAUUAGUAACACAAUGAAUAAAAGAAAACAAAUGUAAAGACAGAUGAAAAAUAUGCCAUCAUCUAUUUUGUUUACAAUAAAAUUCCUAAAAUAUA